GGAACUUGUUUCUGAUGGGACUCAUUUGGCACCUGGACACAAGAACAGGAAUCCAAAGUCUUACACAACUGCCUCUCUCCUGCUCUGCACACCACUCCCUAGUGACAUAAAUCCAAGAUGGCGUCUCUGAUGGAGGACGAGGUGUUUCGCUCUUUUGCCAAAUACGCCGCCAUCGUCACCGUCAAACUACUGCUGAUGGGCCCCCUGACCGCGUACUACCGCAUCACCAGGAAGGCGUUUGCAAACCCAGAGGACGCUGCAGCUCAUUCUUCUAAACCCGAAGAGAAGAAACAACUUGUGAGGACGAAUGAGGACGUAGAGAGAGCACGCAGGUGUCAUCAGAACGACCUGGAGAGCAUCGUGCCCUUCGUCCUGGUCGGUCUGCUCUACGCUCUGACCGGUCCGGAUCCGUCCUGGGCCCUGCUCCAUUUCCGGGUGUUUGUGUGUUCUCGCCUCGUCCACACGGUGGCGUACAUGAUGGCGCUGCCCCAGCCGUCCAGAGGCCUGAGCUGGGCCGUGGGAUUCAUGACCACACUGUCCAUGGCCCACACGGUCAUCCACAGCGUCGUGUUCCACUGAGCACGGGGCAGAUACUGAGGAGGGGGUAUUAGGGAGAGGUAUUAGAGAGGAGGUGUUAAAGAGGAGGCAUUAGAGAGGGGGUAUUAAAGAGGAGGUAUUAAAGAGGGGGUAUUAAAGAGGAGGUAUUAAAGAGGAGGUAUUAAAGAGGAGGUAUUAAAGAGGAGGUAUUAAAGAGGAGGCAUUAG